AUGUCGCCGCCAAACGUCUCGGGGUUGUCCACGCAAGACGCAAAGAAGAGUGGCUCUUUUCCCCGAGAGUCUGCACCCCUGACAGGGUCCUCCGAAACCAGCGGGAUUAUUAGUCCACUGACGGGUCUGGAAAGUGGUGGUUUUCGUCGAUUGUUCACUCUGAAGGCUGAAGCUCAAAACACAUCCAUCACCGAGCGGCGGCGAACAUCCGAGAAAGAGCGAGAGACGGCUGUAAUUUCCGCGCGUAAUCAAAGUUUGGACUUAUCCAUCGACAUCAGACUCCGUGGAUUCACGAGAGCGGGUUCUGGGGACUAUUCCAGGUGGGUUUCAUUUCCAGCCGCGCUUCAGACCUGUUUGACUGGCAGCCAUGAGCGGAGAGGCGCCGCCGCGUAA